AUGUCUCCUCCGGGCUCGGGUCAGUCUGUUCCACCCGCGGCUGAAGUGACCACGAUGAACCCUGAACGGGUUCGGAUGCUCUCUGAGGCUCCUCGAGAGAAAUCUCCCAAACCAGCACCUGUGGUCAAGAGAGAGGAGUCUUGUGUUCCUUUCAGGGCCACAGGCGCUAAUGGAGAUGCCUUGGGUGACUGGUCUCUCCGUUCCUCCCGAGGCUCGCAGAAACAUGAUGGGGGCUCCAUCAAGCGGUCCAUCAGCGAGCUCAUGAUUGAGGCUAAGGAGAAACGUGGGCAGCAGGAUAAGAAGCCAAGAAUCGGUCCAGUCAAAAAGCACUACACCGAGGUUGAGUCUCUUGGUCAUGCUCCUCUGCCGGACGAUUCCACCCAUUACCUUACUUCACUCCUCCGAAACCGAACCUUGAACCUCUGCUUGCAGGCCGCUCCCAACAAGAAGAAUGAUGCUCCUGGUAAACCCAAGACAUAUACCUUUCUCAUCUCCAAUGCUGGAAUGGUCCAGCAUGAGAAGCUGUCCAUGCUGGGCCAUACUCGAGCUCUCCCUCUGUCUCUUCAUGAUCAGGACAUUUCUUCCUCAGACGGUGCCAUUACCCGUACCGCGAUCGGCGAAUUGCUCGAGUAUGUCUGGCCUAAACUCACAAAGAGUGACAAGUAUUCGUAUGCCAGGCAACUCCGCAACCUCCUCCACAAGAUGCGGCAUGAGAGCAAGCAGGGGUCAAAUUAUCCCCUAGGGUCUAUCAAUUCAGGAAAAUACAGUUUGCUUCAAGAUAAGCAUCCUGACCAUACCUACUACGCAAUUCGUACAAAACCCAGCCAGAAGCAGUUCAUGGCACUUCUCAUGUCAACUUUGUAUGAGUCGGUGCCGAAACCUGUGGCCAAGGCCUUGAUCACUCAAUUUCGCACUGAUUACCCUUCAGUGCUCACCCAUGGAGCCUUGUGCCCCAAGAACAUUGUUGUCUCGAACAACACUAUCAGCUGGAUCCUUGGUUGGGACUGUGCAGGACAGUAUCCUGUUUGGUGGGAGUAUGCACGGUUCUUCGAGGCGAGAACUACUGAGGCGAACAGUGAUUGGUACAGUUACGCAGCUGAGAUCUUUGAAGAGGAGUUCCCGGCUGAGUUGGCGGCUUAUCAGGGCAUUGCGAGAUGCCAGCAGCCCUGA